UUUCCGGUCAAUACAUAUUGAGUCCCGCCCCUCCGGUCUGUGCCAUCUUGAAUUUAGCUAGAACAAAAACGGUGUCAGAAAUAAAUGCAAGCUCAGGAUGGGGCGCAGAUGUUGAGUCAAUUUCCAGGGAUAUAUAUUUUAAUAAGUUAUUUUAACGGGACAGCAUGCUUUGAGGAGGGACACCGUGGAGAUACCGCAGCCACACCCCGGAGAAUAGCUAACGUUAGCCCGCAAGCUAUCAAAGCUAAGCUAGCCAAUUAGCUAAGGUUGGUAUCAGAGGGAAAGCUUUAAAUUCAUAUUUUACACUGUGAAUUGAUUUCACCGUCGUUCUGAAACCAGGAGGGACUCCGGCGGACAUGGGACAGCGUCGUGUCGAUUAACUACUGCGACGGAACCCGGACUAUGAGGAUUGGGAACCGUUAGCUUGGCUGCUAACACUUGUUUUUCGUUCCAGAGCGGAACCACAAUAAGCCGCGGCCCUGGCCAUGCCCUCGAAUGCACGGGCGGGCAAUCUGAAAGACCCGGAGGUGGCUGAUCUGUUCUGCAAAGAUGACCCGGAGAAGCUGUUCGCAGACCUCCGAGAAAUUGGCCACGGCAGCUUCGGAGCCGUUUACUUUGCCCGAGAUGUGCGCAACAAUGAGGUGGUGGCCAUCAAGAAAAUGUCCUACAGCGGCAAACAGACUAAUGAGAAAUGGCAGGACAUCAUCAAAGAGGUGAAGUUCCUGCAGAAGCUCCGUCACCCCAACACUAUCGAGUACCGAGGCUGUUACCUGAAGGAGCACACGGCAUGGCUGGUCAUGGAGUACUGCCUCGGCUCAGCCUCAGACCUCCUGGAAGUUCAUAAGAAGCCGCUACAGGAGGUCGAAAUAGCUGCUAUUACCCAUGGUGCACUGCAGGGACUAGCAUAUCUACACUCUCACAACAUGAUUCACAGGGAUGUGAAAGCGGGGAACAUCCUGCUGACAGAACCCGGGCAGGUCAAACUGGGCGACUUUGGCUCCGCCUCCAUCGUGGCUCCGGCCAACUCGUUCGUGGGGACUCCGUACUGGAUGGCUCCAGAGGUGAUCCUGGCCAUGGACGAGGGUCAGUACGAUGGGAAGGUGGACGUGUGGUCGUUGGGGAUCACCUGCAUCGAGCUGGCUGAGAGGAAGCCCCCGCUCUUCAACAUGAACGCUAUGAGUGCCUUAUACCACAUCGCGCAGAAUGAAAGUCCAAUCCUGCAGUCCAAUCACUGGUCUGAUUCCUUCCGUAACUUCGUCGACUCCUGCCUCCAGAAGAUUCCCCAGGACCGUCCUACCUCUGAUGUGCUGCUGAAUCAUCGCUUCCUGUGUCGUGAGCGCCCCCUGACGGUCAUCAUGGACCUGAUCGCACGCACCAAGGACGCCGUCCGAGAGCUGGACAACCUGCAGUACCGCAAGAUGAAGAAGAUCCUGUUCCAGGAGACACAGCAGAACGGGCCGGUGUCUGAGGGCGGUGACGAGGAGGAGGAGGUGGAGCAGUACCUCCUUCGGACCGGGACCGUCAACAGCAUGGAGAGUUCCCAGUCGGUGCCCAGUAUGUCCAUCUCCGCUAGCUCCCAGAGCAGUUCGGUCAACAGCCUGGCCGACGCCUCCGACGAUAGCAGCAGCGAGAUGGCCAUGAUGCAGGAGGGGGAGCACACGGUCACCUCCAACAGCUCCAUCAUCCACCGACCCACGAAUCAGGAUAACAUCUAUGACGACCCCUACCAGCCGGAGAUGGACCAACCACAGGCUCCGUCUGCCGGACGCCGUCGCGCCUACUAUCGCAACCGCGACCACUUCGCCACCAUCCGAACGGCCUCGUUGGUCACCCGUCAGAUCCAGGAACAUGAGCAGGGCUCGGCGCUCAGGGAGCAGAUGUCUGGAUAUAAGCGUAUGAGGCGACAGCACCAGAAGCAGCUGAUGGGGCUGGAGAACAAAUUGAAGGCAGAGAUGGACGAACACCAGCUGAAACUGGACAAAGAGCUGGAGAACCAGAGGAACAGCUUCUCCACCGAGGCCGACAAACUGGUGAAGAAGCACCAGGCCAUCCUAGAGAAGGAGACUAAAGCUGCUCUGGCAGAAGAGAAGAAGUUCCAGCAGCACAUCCUCGGUCAACAGAAGAAAGAACUGACCAGUUUACUGGAGUCACAGAAACGCCAGUAUCGCCAACGCAAAGAGCAGCUCAAAGAGGAGCUGAAUGAGAACCAGUCGACUCCGAAGCGUGAGAAGCAGGAGUGGUUGAUCCGUCAGAAGGAGUGUCUGCAGCAGAUGCAGGCGGAGGAGGAGGCCAGUCUGCUGCGGAGGCAGAGGCAGUACUACGAGCUGCAGUGUCGCCAGUACAAGAGGAAGAUGCUGCUAGCACGACACAACCUGGAGCAGGACCUGCUCAGAGAGGACUUGAAUAAGAAGCAGACCCAGAAGGACCUGGAAAGGGCCAUGCUGCUGCGGCACCACGAGUCCACCCAGGAGCUGGAGUUCAGGCAGCUGGGCUCGGUGCAGCGAACCCGGGCCGAGCUGAUCCGGACCCAGCACCAGACCGAACUGACCAAUCAGAUGGAGUACAACAAGAGGCGGGAGCAGGAGCUGAGGCAGAAGCACACCAUGGAGGUCCGGCAGCAGCCCAAGAGCCUCAAGUCCAAAGAGCUGCAGAUCAAGCGUCAGUUCCAGGAGACGUGUAAGAUCCAGACCCGUCAGUACAAAGCCCUGAGGAACCACCUGCUGGAGAGCACGCCCAAGUCCGACCACAAGGCCGUCCUCAAACGCCUCAAAGAGGAGCAGACACGUAAGCUGGCCAUCCUGGCCGAGCAGUACGACCACUCCAUCAACGAUAUGCUGUCUACACAGGCCGUGAGUAAGCUGCGUCUGGAUGAAACUCAGGAGGCCGAGUACCAGGUUCUGAGGAUGCAGCUGCAGCAGGAGCUGGAGCUGCUCAACGCCUACCAGAGCAAGAUCAAGAUCCACACCGACACCCAGCACGAACGGGAAGUCAAAGAUCUGGAGCAGAGGGUGUCGAUCCGACGGGCGCUGCUGGAGCAACGGAUCGAGGAGGAGAUGCUGUCGCUGCAGAACGAACGCUCCGACAGGAUCCGGACGUUACUGGAGCGUCAGGCCCACGAGAUCGAGGCCUUCGACUCGGAGAGCAUGCGUCUGGGCUUCAGUAACAUGGCGCUGAGCGGGAUUCCGGCCGAGGCCUUCAACCAGGGCUACCCUACUCCCAGCCCUUCCUCGGGGUCCGGGGGCUGGCCAUCCCGCCCCGUCCCCCGCUCCGGCAGUCACUGGAGCCACAGCGUCCAGAACUCGGUGUCCACGCCCUCCUGGCGCAGUCAGACCCACAGCGGUGGAGGAGGCGGGGCCUUCAGCCGCGCUGAGUCCGUCACCUCAUCCCACGGCCUGGGCCGGGACAGCGAGCCCAAGCCCCGAGGCCACGCCUCCUCCCACCACCACCACCACCACCAGCAGCCGCAGCAGCAGCACUACCUCCCCCAGCACUACCAACACCACCAGAGCACGCCGCAGCUGUACCGCGACAGCCACGACAGCCGUGAGCGAGACCGCGAGCGGGCCAGGGAGUGGGUGGGCGGGGCCAGCCACUACUCUCACCACUCCCAGGGACACCACCACCACCUGUCGUCCCACGCCUCCUCCCAGUCCCUGGCUCUGCUGCCCCCCCCGCCGCCGCCCCCUCCCAUCUCUCUGUCCUCCUCGUCUCCCCCCUCCUCUGCCUCCUCAUCGUCCUCGUCUCAAGGCGGUUACGGCGGCCUGAGCGUCCGCGGCGCCGGCCUAAUGGCGCUGAGGAACAGCCCCCAGCCGCUGCGCAGGACGGCGUCCGGCGGUCCGGGCGGUGGCAGCGACGGCGGCCUCAGCCGGAGCACAUCGGUCACGUCACACAUCUCCAACGGCUCCCACCUGUCCUACUCAUGAAGCCGCCACCCCCGCUGGGGGGAGGGGCUAGUUAGAGCGUUUUAGCAGAGAAAUUAGAGCAUUAAAGAUAAAUCCAGGAUUUAAAACACGUCCGAUCUCUGUCAACAAGUUUUCAACGGUCGGGACGAGGUUUCCCUCCCCGCCGCCACGACCACAGAAGAACCAACCCAAACGAUUUAAAAUCCGACGUGUGCGUGCGUCACUAUUGGACAGUGUUGGUUUUAAAGUGAGGCGGUGCGGUUCUGAUGGGAGUGAUGGUAGCGGUGCUUUAAGAACCACUGUAACUAUGUAGAUAAGGUUGACUUUAAACCAGGGUUUGAUCCGUGAGUGUGUCCUGCACUCGGAGGAUGUGGACGGCACAGGAAGGGAACAUUUAACACACAUUUCUUUACUUUGUAGUGAUAAGAUUCUGUAUAUGACAUUAAAAACACUGCCAUCGGUUUGUUGGGUGAACCCAGGGCGAAUCUGCCAGCGCCUCGGAGUCUGUGGGAGGAGCCGCCGACGUCUGGGGAACCGGGUCAUUUAACGAUUGAUAAGUCCGAUCCGGUCCCGCGGGUUGAAAGAAUGUCCAACCCCAAAAAAACCUGCCAAUCGGCACAAAACGAAGCCAAACCCCGCCCCCAGUCCACUCCCACAACCAUAAUCAGCCAGUCAAAGGUCAGUGGACUCUCUUUAAUCAUCUUUGUCAACGCACCGGAAAUCCCAGGUUACCUUGACGAAGGAUCCGACCCAAACGCAUUCCCUAAAAUAAUCCAGUUUCAUUUUCUGAGCAUUGAUGCUUCUGCGUCUCCCUGUAAACACUCCAUUUUUCUGACGUUACGUUCCGACGCUCCAUAUUAACGUAAGAAAACUGAUGAAUACAAAACGCCCGAAAAUUGAACAUGAACGCAGAAAUAUUUCCCACAGAUUUGAAUGCGAUGUCAGAGGUUUUAUGGAUUUUAAUCUGGUGGGUGGGGCUUCUUUUUAACUGGUUUUACUGUAAAAGCGUCUUCUCGUCCUUCCCGUGUUUUCGGACUCUUCCAGGCGGCUUCUCCUGUUGUUUUUUCCUCAGAGUCGGUUCGUGCUCCUUUGACCAGACACUGCCGGGCGCUUUGAGUCCGUCGGAUGUGUAGAUACGAUGUACAUGUGCAUUUCAGAUUCGUCCCCGUCGGCGCACGGACGUGUGUACAGAGGCGUUUGGACAGACGACGUGCACUCGACCUAUUUAUAGAAACGUCCGGCGCCUGUGGACGUGAAGCAGGCGUCCUGAAGAUGGUCCACGCGUUGUAUGUAGGGUGUACAUAAGCACUACAGCGGAGACUGACUUAGAGUAAUAAUAAUGAUUAUUUUGUCAUGUGACUUUAUCCCGAUCUGUCAAAUAGAAGCUAUCAUUAUUAUUACUACUACUGCAGUUGGAAUAUUUAUGUUAAGUUUUGUUUUUUUAAAAUGUAAUUGCCAAUUUUUGACCACUAGGUGGGGGAAUAAGCGCAAUGUUACUGUGAUAGAGCUAU